GUUUUGGGAUGGCCCAUGGCCAUGACCUCUUUCUGGCCCAGGCUCUGGAGAACCGGUCGGGCAGCGGGACCUGGGGAGCCGCCGCCCCCAGGCUUCGAUCGCUGCCACAGAGCUGGAUGUUUUCAGCUCCGGAAAUGAUGAAAAAAAGAAGCGGGAGGAGGUGUGGGGGGAGGACGAAAGAAGUCCCCGCUUUGGCGUGUGCUGGCUGGAGAGGGCGAGAUCCCGCGCAGCAGCGGGGCGGGCUGCCAGGGGAUACAGCCGUAGAGCCCGGGGGCUGUACAGGAGGAGGCGGCAGCAGCCGUAGCUGCAGAAAGGAGGCGGCCGCGCCGGCAGCGGAGAUGCUGUUUCUGCUGCUUGGGGAGCCUCAGGUGCUGUGUUAGGUUGGUCGGGGGUGGAAGCUCCUGGGUCGUGGGGUGAGCGAAGGCAGAUGUCCCAAGCGAGAGAGCUUCUUCCUCCGGGGCCUGAAGGGCCGGCGCCUGCAGCUCCGAGUGAACUCGGCUUUCUGCGCUCGCUCCUUCGAGAAAAAUGUGAUACAGAGAAUACAGCUGCGGGAGAGAGAGACUUAACAGCACCUCCCAAUAACCAAAGCAUACAGUCAGAGAUGCAAGACCAGUCUGUCUGGGGAAAUAGCACUGAUGGUGACCUCAUCAGAACACAACCUCAGCGCUUGCCUCAGCCAAAUACUUCAGCGUUGGAAAAAAGCGAGGAAGAAACUGGCAAGAUACAGAAUGGUCAUGCAGGUUUGAGUAAUGGAAAUGGAAUUCACAACGGGGUCAAACAUGUAACUACAGAUAAUAGAAAAUGUUCAGCUCCUGUUUCACAAAAAAUGCACAGAAAAAUUCAGUCCAGCUUGUCUGUCAACAGUGAUAGCAGCAAGAAGAGUAAAAUAAGCUCUGCAUAUUCUCAAAAACCAAGUUCUUCUCCUGAAGAUUGCUGUGUUCACUGUAUCCUGGCUUGCUUGUUUUGUGAGUUUCUCACCCUCUGUAAUAUUGUUCUGGCACAAGCUUCCUGUGGCAUCUGUACAUCCGAGGCCUGCUGUUGUUGCUGUGGGGACGAAAUGGGGGAUGACUGUAACUGCCCAUGUGACAUGGAUUGUGGAAUAAUGGACGCUUGUUGCGAAUCAUCAGACUGCUUGGAAAUCUGUAUGGAAUGUUGUGGAAUUUGUUUCCCAUCAUGAAAUAUUUUUAUCUUUUUUAUUCUUUUAAAAACUGGAGAGCUUUAAAAAAUACUUUUGAAGAAAAAUAAGGUAAGAGUCUCACACAGUAACCUAGUAUUUGCACUGUUAGCUAGCUAAGUUUAAAGAAUCGUUAGAGAAAACAAACCUGUAAUCUAACAUGUUUUAUGGUUGUUUAGUAUGUGAAAUUCUAAAUUACUUUCCAACUCCGUUUAGCUUUGCAAAUAGGACAGUUGACGGCAAUCAACUUAAAGGCCUGAUACAACAGACUUUUAAUGUUGCUGUUUGAGUUAAGUUUUUGCCAGAGAAAAGACUACAAAAGCAGUGCCUUAGAUAUUACCACCUUACUUACUUUAAUGCUAAAUGCUUAAAUAGCCUUUCAUACCUAAAACACUUCUUGCACGACUUGAAAGCAAAAUACCUUAAUUUAAUCUUUUAUGGUUUGAAAGUAACCUUUGCCUAUUAGAUUUUGAAGUGAAUUGGUCUUGGCAGAGUGGUCACACUGAAAUGUUUCUUUGAUUUUUGGGUGAUUUUCUGUACUUACCAUGGUAAAUGCUGGUAAUAGGUGAAAUCCAGAUUUAUUAUGUCAAUGAGAGUUUUGCCAUAGACUUAAAAAAAGACCAGUAUUUCACCCACUGGCUUCCAAACCACAAUAAACUUUUUAAAUACAACCUGUAUUUCCCUUCUGUGUUAAUGAUACCAGAAAUAAUUAAUUUUAGAACAAGUCUAGGUACAACAUGAAGUAUACCCCUUCUCUGUUGGUCUAUAUAAUCAAAGUCACUCAAUAGGAAUAUCAAAAAAAUUAUCAGAUUCUAAACGUGCCAAUUUUUGUGUCUUUACAGCCACAUAUCCUAAUUUAGUGUCUCACACACACACACACACACACACACACACACACACACACACACACACACCUAACCUCUUCUCCCUGUUCCUGUGUUGUAGGAGAGAUGCACACAAAUAGGGGGAAUGGGCAGACAGAGAAAACAGUGAAACAAUUAGACAGGAAGUACUGCCAAAUGCAGAAAUUAACUUCUAAAAUAUUGUACACCCUCUCUCUGAGUUACGAACGAGUUACAGACCAAACAGUUGGCCGUAACUCGAUCCAUUCGUAACUCGGACUCCAUUGAGUUACAUGCAACUGUGCUGUUUGUAAGCACGGGUCGCGUUUGUAACUUGGGGACCGCCUUUACGACCGCUUUGGGAGCUUUGGUCAUAAGUGCGAACGGUCGUAAUUCGACCAUUCGCAACUCGGGGAGUGGCUGUAUCUUAAAUAAUUGGUUCUGUUAAGUGUGUAACUUAUACACAAUAAAUAAAGAAUUUUCAAAUAGUUACUUUUAAGUUAGAAUCAUAGAAUACUAGAACUGGAAGGGACCUCGAGAGAUCAUCAAGUCCAGUCCCCUGCCUUCAUGGCAGGACCACAUACACUCUAUAUUAUCCCUGAUAGGUGUCUGUCUAACUUGUUCUUAAA